UGUGGAACAGAAUCGGGAUCAACUGUAAGAAGCAUUUUGAUAUCCUGAAAUAGAAGUUACCGCCGAGUUCUUUCCCCCACGUUCUGCGUUUUCCAGAACACUCCCCCCCACCACCGCUUUCCCCAUCAAUAAAUCCAUGUUUCUCCUCCUCCGCAUCACCGAUAUAUCCCUCCGUACUAAAAUGGUAUUACUUGUAUUAUGCCAAAUAUUGUAGACCAGUGCAAUAUCGUUCAUAAAACUUUGUCGGUUUUCACAAGAUGGAGAACUUCUCCGUUUCGAUUUCUCACCACUAACAGUCAUCGCUCCGUAAAUUUUCCUCCGACAGAUCCCUAUCUCUCAACAUCCGAUUCCGACCUCGCAUUCCCCACAACAACAGACAUGGUUCUUGCCAGCGUGUGCACGGCAGCGCCGCGGCUGCCAUACCUUAUCAUGCGGGGUCGCGCUGCUGCCGGAAGGUACCCUGCAGGGCAAGAGAUACCAAAAAGCCAAAUCUGAGGAUAAGGUGUUUGUCGGCAGAGCCAUUGGCUCGUCGUACCAAACCUUAAGAUCCCAUUGGUGGUCGGCCAUUGAGAGCGUCUUGAUCGUCCGCUAAGAGGAUCCUGAGAUAAGCCUCAUACCGGAGGAGCAUGUCAAAAUGCACUCAAGGCUGCUGUCAGGAAAUGUCUGCGAUAAGGACGCUUGGAAGCUAUGGACCAUUCAUAUGUCAAUGACCUGCAUCCUUUUCUCUAUUUUUCCAAUUAACUAAAACCACUCGCAUACUUCGAGACAUCUCUGACCACUCCCAACGCGUCGCCUUGUACUUAUAAGAGACCAGUGGUGUCUGUAUCUUGCAGUACCAUAAACUCUUUGCCGUACUUGUUCUUCUGCCAUUCGAGACACGAGCCAGCUUCGUCGGCAGUUAACUUCAAUCCUACUCCAAAAUGUCUGUUCGCAAGGCAGACUCCAGCUCUCUUGAUGGCAAAGACGUCAAAACAGCAUACGAUGUCAAUGAGCCUGUUGAGCCAUUGUCUGAGAUAGCUACACACACUGGAGCCGUUGCUGUCAUCGAUCAUCAUGCCGAACGAGCUCUCUGCAGGAAGUUUGAUUACAGACUUCUUCCUGUACUGGCUGUGAUGUACCUUUUCAAUGCCUUGGACAAGGGAAAUUUGGGAAAUGCAAAGACGGACGGAAUGGAAGCCGAUCUAAACUUCAAAAACAAUCAGUACAACAUCAUUCUGAGCGUGUUUUACGUUCCCUAUGUUAUCUUUGCCCCCCCUAUUGCAAUGUUAGGAAAGAGAUUUGGCCCAGCGAAAGUCUUGCCUAUCUUGAUGUUCUGCUUUGGCUCUCUUACAAUCCUAGGGGUUGCUGUUAAGAACUUUGCUGGGAUGAUGACUCUCCGUUGGUUUCUGGGAAUGUCCGAAUCGGCCUUUUUCCCUCUUGUUAUCUAUUACCUCACAACUUUCUACAGGAGAGGCGAAUUGGCUCGCCGCCUUGCGAUCUUCUACGCCGCGAGCAAUAUUGCAAAUGCCUUCUCCGGACUUCUCGCGUUCGGCGUGUUCCAGAUUAAGGACGAGACUCUUGAUGGAUGGCGUUACCUCUUCCUCAUCGAAGGAACUCUGACGACCCUCUUCGCCUUCUUCGCAUACUGGUAUCUCCCACCCAACGCCACUGGUGCAAAGUUUCUCAACGAAGAGGAGAGACAAUUGGCCUACCACCGCAUUCAGGUCGAUUCCUCCUCGACCGUCAACGAAAAGUUCAACCUGAAGGAUUCCCUAAAGAUCUUCAAUCAGCCAACCACAUACGCGUUCCUGGCUAUUGAAGUGUGCCUGGGUGUGCCACUCCAAUCGGUUUCUCUGUUUCUGCCACAGAUUGUCGCUCGCCUAGGAUACAGCAAGGUUAAGACGAACCUCUAUACCGUCGCCCCAAAUGUCAGUGGUGCAGUGAUGUUACUCAUCCUCGCCUUCACAUCCGAUCUCACACGCAGAAGAGGCCCAUUUAUCACCUUGGGCUUCAUCUUCACUUUCUGCGGAAUGAUCAUUUACGCAACAAUCGAUGUGCUGAACCACACCCAUAUUGCUUACUUUGCAACCUUCAUGAUGUGCUGGGGAACAUCUGCCCCGUCAGUUCUACUGUCCACAUGGUACAAUAACAACACACCCCACGAAGGUCGUCGUGUUGUCCUCACGUCGGUCGGUGUUCCGAUGGCAAACGUCAUGGGUCUGGUAUCGAGCAACAUCUUCACACCAGCUUCUGCUCCAAAAUACAUUCCUGCUUUGGCGACGACGGCUGCUUUUGGCGCGACGGGCGCUUUGUUGGCAGGCCUUUUGAGCUUGUAUAUGGUGUUCGAUAAUAAGAGGAGGGAUAGAAAAUUGGGCAGGAAAUUGGAUAUCAAGGAUGUUCCGACCGAGCUCUUGAGAGAUGGGGCAUCUGUACCGGAGUUCAGAUGGUUCUUGUAAAGAAUUAGGAGGCGUGCAGUUGAUGAAUUAUGACUGGUAAUGGAGGGAAAUAUGUAUACUAGAAGGUAGCGAUGAUUUAUGAGAUUUAGCGGGAGAUGUCAACAAAAGCUUUCGUAGGCUCUUGAUUCAAGCCAUAGGUUUUACAAAUUCUAUAUACUAUUAUGUUCUUCG